UCCAACUUGCACAAUCUCUCUCCAAUUUACUUGGAGCUUUAUUUUUAUGUCUAAAGGCAUAAAGCUGAGUAAAAUUUGAGCCCAAAAUCAAAUUAGUAUGGGGCUGUGGGCCUAAAACCAUGGAUCAAGCUCAGGCCUAAUACAAACAAUUUCAGGUUCCUGUUACAAUCCAGCUUCAAGCUAAAAGAAUGGCGUUAUCAAUGUACCUUUCCCGGGUAAAAUCUGGCUUAAUAUGAACCAACAAGAACCAUUUCAUCUUCGCCACUUAUUUUCGAGACCUUUCGUUUUAAAAUUAAGGUUCUCGAGUCUCAAACUAUCACAAACUUUACACUCCUAAACUGCAGGACCAUGGCAAAAACCCCUUCUUCCCUUCUGGGUCUCAACUCACCUAUGUCACGACCUUUGUCGUACAACUCUCAAGGUAGAGUUUUUCUGGUCAGGCAUUGUUGGUUUCGGGUUCAACGCAGAACCAAACCCAUCUGUGGAUCAAUGAUAAAAGCUGAAGCUCGAGUUCAGAAGGAGGAUAUUGUCAUUGUGGGAGCUGGGAUUGCUGGUCUUGCCACUGCAGUGUCCCUUCGCAGGCUAGGAAUUGGAUCAUUAGUGCUUGAGCAAGCAGAGUCACUUAGAACUGGUGGAACCUCACUCACUCUUUUCAAGAAUGGCUGGCGGGUAUUGGAUGCAAUUGGUAUUGCAGAUAGUCUGAGGAGCCAAUUUCUUGAAAUUCAAGGGAUGGUGGUGAAGUCAGACGAUGGAAGGGAGUUACGCUCCUUCAAAUUCAAAGAUGAAGAUCAAACACAAGAAGUUCGAGCGGUGGAGAGAAGAAUACUACUGGAGACGCUUGCCAAUCAGCUGCCACCUGAGGCAAUCCAAUUUUGUUCGAAGUUAGAAAAGAUUGAAUCAAGUGAAAAUGGUGAAACACUUUUGGAACUUGCGGAUGGUACUAGAUUGCUUGCAAAGAUAGUUAUUGGCUGUGAUGGAAUUCGGUCUCCAAUAGCCAAAUGGAUGGGUUUCUCUGAGCCAAAGUAUGCAGGGCAUUGUGCUUUCCGUGGACUAGGAUUUUAUCCCAACGGGCAGCCAUUUGCACCAGGAGUUAAUUACAUAUAUGGAAGAGGGUUGCGUGCCGGAUAUGUUCCUGUAUCUCCUACGAAAGUUUACUGGUUUAUCGUCUAUAACAGCCCCUCUCCAGGUCCAAAGAUCACUGAUCCAAUUUUGCUGAAGAAGCAAGCAAAAGAACUAGUAAAGAAUUGGUUUGAGGAGCUACCUAAAUUGAUUGAUCUCAGCCCGGAUGAGACGAUAAGUAAAACCCCCCUUGUCGACCGUUGGCUAUGGCCAGGUGUAAGUCCUCCUGCUUCAGCUGGCAAAGUUGUGCUGGUCGGGGAUGCCUGGCAUCCGAUGACUCCCAAUCUUGGGCAAGGUGCCUGUUGUGCUUUAGAAGAUGCGCUGAUUCUGACAAGAAAGUUAGCAGAUGCAAUUAAAUCUGGACCUGCAUCUGUGGAAGGUGCUUUCGGGGCAUAUGGAGAGGAAAGAUGGCCCCGUAUCUUUCCAUUAACCAUACGGGCAAAUAUCGUGGGAUCUCUUUUGCAGUGGGAUAAUCCAUUUGUCUGUUCUGUUCGUAACAACGUUAUCAUACCUAAACUCGUUAGUCUUGGACCAAUGCUUGAACACACAAAUUUUGAGUGUAAGCCUUUAAAAGAGUAAAAUGUAAGAUUUCAAGUCGACCUUAAAUAAAAUGUAAUUUCAUCAAUGCAAGAGUUAAGAAGAUCGUUAUACCAAUAAAGCAGGUUCUCCGCCUUAAAUAUGUUGAACCUCAUCUCAUUCACCACACUUGCAACUCCAAUACUCUGUUACCACUAAUUCAAG